AAAGAGAGGGAGCAUCUUCAGCAUGUCUCAGAGCAGUUGUCUGUAUGAGAGCAGGCCGAAGAGAGCCGACAGACUCGUCGCUCGUUCACGUUCGCUCGCUAUCAAUGUUAAGGAGAAGCAACUUCUGACAAUCGUGCGACGUAGACGUAUGGCAUUCUGCUUCGUGUGUUGAGUCGAUGAAUGUGAAGAUGUACUCGUCACACUUGAGCUUGUUGCGGAGAGAGUGAUCAUACGAUAUUUUCACAUCUCGAUUGGAAGAAAAAAUGGCUCAGCCCGGGACCGCUCUUGCCAGUACCGAUAAACUAAAAUUUGUUUGUUGCAUGCUCAAACUCAUGGACAUGAAAUGCCAUUUCCAGCCUAAGAAUCAUGGGACAAUCACAAUCUCAAUUUGUAUUCCAUGCGGUCAUACAGUCGUAUGAUUGGAAUAGAAUCAACUUGAACAGGUAAAGGCAAGACGAGUCUCGUGGAUUUCUUGGAGCAUGACACAAAAGCGAUCAUCGACUCGCCCAGAAGCCUCCAGGCAUGCGCAGGGGAGGGUGUAGCCCCGCAGGAUCUGAUAUACAAGCCCAUCGAAGCGUUCGCCGAGAAAGGUCUGGAACCCAGACUCGUGAAGCUCAGGUAAGAAGCAAAGUUUAUUUUUCCUGUAUAUGCACUUGUGCUACGUCUACGGGCCGGGGCAGCACAAGCAGACCAUGAUGGAAACAAAAUCUGAAAAAAGAUUCAACCUGGAUCGACGACAGGUACGACUUCUUUGAGGCAAAGAGGAACGACCUGCUGGCAGCAUGCAGGCGAUCACGAGAGAUCAUCCUCGAGGAGGAGGGGCGAGAACGAAAUCACAGCAUGACCGGCAUGACCCUUGCAGAAAUGAGCAGAGCAAAGGGAAUUUCAACAGGUAUUUACAUUGAGGUAGAUAUCGUCGACUAGUAGGCUCGCUGAAGAAGUAAGACCAUGAACAUCGUUUUGUCAUGCCAUGAUCGCGCAAUAGGGGUGGGGGUAUGGAAAAUCGCGUAUAGAUCUGCUGCACCACAUGCUGAAAAAUAACAGGUGUCCUCUCCGCGAUGCAGUCCGAUUGCGUGAAACAGGAGCGCAGCAGGCUCCAGCAUGCUCAGCACCUCCAACUCCAGUGGCUGCAGAACUGCCUGGCGCACCAGUUGCACCAAACAAAAAUGCUCGAGAAGGCGGACCAGUUUAUGCAGGCCGAGGAAGCAGACGAGCAGCAGGGCAACAAAGACGCCGCAGAGCGCAUGCGAAAAAAGAACGAGGAGAAGCGCAUGCGAGAGGAACAGAAAAUGGCCGAAUUAGCAGCGCAACAGAAGUACUGAAUAGAUGUUGUCAACAACACUUUUAACUUUCAAUAUGGAUGAAAUGGUAGGUAGUUCUCGUGGCCUCUGCAUGAUUAAUUAACGGAUAGAACUUGAAGCAAGUAGAGCUAGAAGAUAUCAAAGUUUCCACCAUGAGCAUGAUGCAGGAGCCCUGGUAUUGCUUUAAUUCAAAAACAAAAUAGACUCGAGCAGCAAAUUGCCAAAGAGGAGUUCGAGCGGCAGCAGGAGGAGCUUGAGCAUGAGAAGCAGCUCGCGGAGCAGCGAAGAAAAGAGGCCCAUGCGCGGUCGAUGGCGGACCAGGCCGCGAAAAAGAAGGCCGAGGAGGACAAGGCCGAGCGGCGGAGGCAGGCAUGGAUGCACCAACAGCGGCAGCUCGAGGAGAUGCGGGCCAACGACGAGCGCAGAAACGAGAUUCGGAGGCUGCAGAAGGCAAAGCAGAACGCGGACAUGGAGGCGAGAAGAAAGUUCAAGGAGGACAGAAUAGCACUGUCGAAAGCAAAUCUGGGCGACAAGACGGGUGAAAAAAUGGCGGCAUUCAUGGCAAAGCAGAACCACGAACAGGCACGCGAGGACCGGUUGAACAACUUACGGCUGCUGCAACAGGAGGAGGGAGCAAGACGAGGUAAGAUGAUUCAUUUUCGGAACAGAAGGACAGGAGUAGGAGAUGAGUAUGAGCAUGACUUCUUGAUACUUCGUUGGGCAUUUCUGCAUGACAAAGUAGUUGAUACGAUUAAGAUAUUCAUCUCAUGGAUCGCUCACAGGUUUCCAAGUCAUGAUGAAGCGCAAGGCCAUUAUGGACGAAGCGGACAGAAAAGCAGAGGAAAAGAGAAACUCCAUUAUUUACGAAAGUGUAAGCAGGUUUGUGUUGCGUCAGUUGAUGAACAAUUAUGAGACCACUAAGUGGAUACACUGUUGCAGUUGCUUCACAGCCUGUUUGUAUUUAUUGAAAUUCAAAUUGUGUAUCACGCAAUACAAACAUCACUUCCCCUCCUGCAUACCCUCGAGCAUCAGAACGAAGUGGAACACCGCAUGAUGCUCCACGAGAUGAAGAAGGAGAGGUACUAAUGUCUUAAAAGUUUGUCAUCCGAAUAUGAAAAGAUGGGAAACUAUAUAUAACUACAUCAUGACUUCCCAUGCCGGAGCAGUGCGCAAGAACUACAAGGAGGACAAAGGCGUGCGGAUCAUGUUGAGUGAUGCACUUUUAACAUUGUGGUCUCGCAUGCGGCCACGAUGCUGCAGAUGCGACGCACGUCAAAAAAAACUUCAGGUAUCUCGAAUUCAAAGCGGAACUGGAUGCGCUCAAGGAAAAAAACAAGGAAAUCAACGUCAUCCGGCAGAGGCGAAAGGAAGACCAGAAAAGAGAAGACGUCGCAGAAGCGGUACUUAUUUUUCCAAUGAGGAUGCUCUGUUUCAUUCUAAAAGCAUGUAAUGUAGUAGUACAGUUUUCCUUUUCGUGUCUGUAUUCUUGGUUGGCAUGCGGAAAAAAGUACAUUGCACACUGAUAUUGUACAUGUAGAAGAUCAUGAAAUUCACGACAACCAGCUCUCGUGGCUAUUCUACGAUACAAAACCCCUCAGGUCCGGCGAAAAGACGACAAAAUCGAGAUGUUGCACCACGAAAGGGAUUUUCUCUGGGGCCUACGCAGAACGACGGGUGCGGAGAUUGCGCGCGCGAAGGACGAAGUCAAGCAGCUCAUCACAAGCAUGAAAAUCAAGUAGGAUAACGAUUGCUGAUGUUGGGUGUCUGUUCUUUUCGAUGACGAUGGUAGGCUGCAUGAAUGGUGCAUAAAGUAAGAACUAGUCGUACAUAGACACGACAAGAAGCGCACGAUAAAAAAAGGUAACAUAUGAUAGUGCUAUAGUGGGUGUUCUGCAUGAUUCCAACUUCUACUCUCAUCUAUCAGGUCCAAUUACGAUGCCCACAAAGUGGAGGGCACAAUGCGGAAGAUUUUCAAGCGCAAGAUUUUCAACACAGACUUCGGAACGGUAUAGUGUUUGACACGCAUCAUGCCAAACUUCGCUCUCUGGUAUGACAUGCAUGAGAAACUUCUUUCCGGUUUUUGUUCGCGAUACUGUUGUAGUUGCAUCACGAUGGUCAACACCAUAUUGUAGUGCCUCAUAAAAAAACUUGGUACUUAUUAAUAUCAGGUCCAAAGCAUGCCCGACCUGGGAUUGGGUCCGCAGGGCACGCAGGGCGCCGUAGAGGACUACGCGGCCGGCGCGGGGGUUGAGCAGAAAAUCCAGUAG